AUGGUGGCUGCGACUUUGAAACUUGGAAUUGCGAUCCUCAAUGGCGGGAACUCCACAGUGCAGCAGAAAAUGCUCGACUAUCUCAAGGAGAAGAAGGACGUGGGUUUCUUCCAGAGCCUCGCGGGCCUGAUGCAGUCAUGCAGCGUCCUCGACCUGAACGCCUUUGAGCGGCAGAACAAAGCUGAGGGACUGGGGAUGGUGACCGAGGAGGGAUCAGGCGAGAAGGUUCUUCAGGACGACGAGUUCACCUGCGACCUCUUCCGCUUCCUGCAGCUGCUCUGUGAGGGACACAACUCAGAUUUCCAGAAUUACCUGAGGACGCAGACUGGCAACAACACCACGGUGAACAUCAUCAUCUCCACCGUGGACUACCUGCUGCGGGUGCAGGAGUCCAUCAGUGAUUUCUAUUGGUACUACUCCGGGAAAGACGUGAUUGAUGAGCAAGGACAGCGGAACUUCUCCAAAGCGAUUCAAGUAGCAAAGCAAGUCUUUAACACUCUCACAGAGUACAUCCAGGGCCCGUGCACCGGGAACCAGCAGAGCCUGGCCCACAGCCGGCUCUGGGACGCGGUCGUGGGCUUCCUGCACGUGUUCGCCCACAUGCAGAUGAAGCUGUCCCAGGACUCCAGUCAGAUCGAGCUCCUGAAAGAACUGAUGGACCUGCAGAAGGACAUGGUGGUCAUGCUGCUGUCCAUGCUGGAAGGUAACGUCGUGAACGGGACCAUCGGCAAGCAGAUGGUCGACAUGCUCGUGGAGUCGUCCAACAACGUGGAGAUGAUCCUCAAGUUCUUCGACAUGUUCCUGAAGCUCAAGGACCUGACGUCCUCCGACACGUUCAAGGAGUACGACCCCGACGGCAAGGGCGUCAUUUCCAAGCGGGACUUCCACAAAGCCAUGGAGAGCCACAAGCACUACACGCCGUCCGAGACCGAGUUCCUGCUGUCCUGCGCCGAGACGGACGAGAACGAGACGCUGGACUACGAGGAGUUCGUGAAGCGCUUCCACGAGCCGGCCAAGGACAUCAGCUUCAACGUGGCCGUGCUGCUGACCAACCUGUCGGAGCACAUGCCCAACGACUCGCGGCUGCAGACCUUCCUGGAGCUGGCGGAGAGCGUGCUGCGCUACUUCCAGCCCUUCCUGGGCCGCAUCGAGAUCAUGGGCAGCGCCAAGCGCAUCGAGCGCGUGUACUUCGAGAUCAGCGAGUCCAGCCGCACGCAGUGGGAGAAGCCGCAGGUCAAGGAGUCCAAGCGCCAGUUCAUCUUCGACGUGGUCAACGAGGGCGGCGAGAAGGAGAAGAUGGAGCUCUUCGUGAACUUCUGCGAGGACACCAUCUUCGAGAUGCAGCUGGCCGCCCAGAUCUCCGAGUCGGACCUCAGCGAGCGCUCGGCCAGCAAGGAGGAGGGCGAGAAGGAGAAGCCGGAGGAGCAGAGCCCGAGGACGGGCUUCUUCUCGCUCCUGACCGUGCGCGCGGCCCUGCUGGCCCUCCGCGCCAACCUGCUGGCCCUCCUGCGCAUGCUCAGCCUCAAGAGCCUCAAGAAGCAGAUGAAGAAGGCGAAGAAGAUGACGGUGCGGGACAUGGCCACGGCGCUCUUCGCCUCCUACUGGGGGGCGCUGGCCAGCCUGCUGCACGUCGUGGCCAGCGUGCUGCGCGGCUUCUCGCGCAUUGUGGGCAGCCUGCUGCUGGGGGGCAGCCUGGUGGAGGGCGCCAAGAAGAUCCGGGUGGCCGAGCUGCUGGCCGACAUGCCAGACCCCACGCAGGACGAGGUGCGGGGCGACGGGGAGGAGGGCGAGCGGAAGCCGCUGGAGGCCGCCCUGCCCUCGGAGGACCUCACCGACCUGAAGGAGCUCACGGAGGAGAGCGACCUGCUGUCCGACAUCUUCGGCCUGGACCUCAAGCGGGAAGGGGGGCAGUACAAGCUCAUCCCGCACAACCCCAACGCCGGCCUCAGCGACCUCAUGAGCAACCCGGACCCCGUUCCCGAGGUGCCCGAGAAAGUGCAGGAACAGGAGACAAAGGAGGAAGAAAAGGAAGAAAAAGAAGAAAACAAGUCGGAACCCGAGAAAGCCGAGGGAGAAGACGGAGAGAAAGAAGAGAAGGCCAAAGACGAGAAGGGCCGGCAGAAGCUGCGGCUGAUCCACACGCACCGAUACGGGGAGCCCGAGGCCCCCGAGUCCGUGUUCUGGAAGAAGAUCAUCGCUUAUCAGCAGAAGCUCCUGAACUAUUUUGCUCGCAACUUUUACAACAUGAGAAUGCUGGCCUUAUUUGUCGCCUUUGCAAUCAACUUCAUCUUGCUCUUCUAUAAGGUCUCCACUUCUUCUGUGGUUGAAGGCAAGGAGCUGCCCCCUCGCAGCGCAAGCGAAAGCGCCAAGGUCAGCAUCCCGGACGAGGGCGGCGGGGAGGACGCGCCCGGCGUGCUGGCGGUGCACUACGUGCUGGAGGAGAGCAGCGGCUACAUGGAGCCCACGCUGCGCAUCCUGGCCGUGCUGCACACCGUCAUCUCCUUCUUCUGCAUCAUCGGCUACUACUGCCUGAAGGUCCCGCUGGUCAUUUUUAAGCGCGAAAAGGAAGUGGCUCGGAAAUUGGAAUUCGACGGCCUUUACAUCACAGAGCAGCCUUCGGAAGAUGAUAUCAAAGGCCAGUGGGACCGGCUGGUAAUCAACACUCAGUCAUUUCCCAACAACUACUGGGACAAAUUUGUCAAAAGAAAGGUGAUGGACAAGUACGGCGAGUUCUACGGCCGGGACAGGAUCAGUGAGCUGCUGGGCAUGGACAAGGCCGCCCUGGACUUCAGCGACGCCCGCGAGAAAAAGAAGCCCAAGAAAGACAGCUCGCUGGCGGCCGUACUGAACUCCAUCGAUGUGAAGUAUCAGAUGUGGAAACUCGGAGUCGUUUUCACGGACAACUCCUUCCUGUACCUGGCCUGGUACAUGACCAUGUCCGUGCUGGGGCACUACAACAACUUCUUCUUCGCUGCUCAUCUUCUCGACAUCGCCAUGGGCUUCAAGACGCUGAGGACCAUCUUGUCGUCAGUAACGCACAACGGCAAGCAGCUGGUAUUAACCGUGGGCUUAUUGGCUGUGGUCGUAUACCUGUACACGGUGGUGGCAUUCAAUUUCUUCCGAAAAUUCUACAACAAAAGUGAAGAUGGAGACACGCCGGAUAUGAAGUGUGACGACAUGCUAACGUGCUACAUGUUCCACAUGUACGUGGGCGUGCGGGCUGGAGGGGGCAUUGGCGACGAGAUCGAGGACCCUGCGGGCGACGAGUAUGAGAUCUACCGGAUCAUCUUCGACAUCACCUUCUUCUUCUUCGUCAUCGUCAUCCUCCUGGCGAUCAUACAAGGUUUGAUCAUCGAUGCGUUUGGAGAACUCCGAGACCAGCAGGAGCAGGUCAAGGAGGACAUGGAGACCAAGUGCUUCAUCUGCGGGAUAGGCAACGACUACUUCGACACGGUGCCGCACGGCUUUGAGACACACACGCUGCAGGAGCACAACCUGGCCAACUACCUGUUUUUCUUGAUGUAUCUCAUCAACAAGGACGAGACGGAGCACACGGGGCAGGAAUCUUACGUGUGGAAGAUGUACCAGGAAAGGUGCUGGGAGUUCUUCCCCGCCGGGGACUGUUUCCGGAAGCAGUAUGAAGACCAGCUGAACUAA